UUUUGUAGUUAUGAGUAGCUGGAAUUUGUGUGAAACAUUUUUCUUUGUUAUAAUAAAAGUUCUUAUGCAUUUUAAUGGCAACAUUUAGUGAACUUUGUCGCAUUUGCGCGGUAUCUGGCCGGUUUAUGUUUUCGCUUUUCAAUCCUCAGCACAGAUUUGUAGACAUCAUUGCUCGGACUGCAGAAAUUCAGAUUGAAGAAGACGAUGGUUUGCCUCAAUCGGCAUGUAGUGCCUGUUUCGCAGAUCUCGGCAAGCUGGAGCAAAUGAUAUUUAACUGUAGGCAGUCCGACCUAAGCUUUCGAGCCAGUGUUGACAGGAAGGAUGUGCUCGAAACAACCGAGGAAACGGAAAUGGUCGAAAUGAUUGAAGUAAUUGAGCAAGAUUCAGCUUAUGUGGAAAUUGCAAGCGAAGAUGAAGUUGUGCAGUUGUCGGAACAUGAUGAUUCCCCAUCUUGUGUUGAUGACCUUAUUAUUGUGGAUUCAAUGGCGCAGGUAGCUGAGAGUCAGGAAGCCAACUACACGCAAUGCUGUGGGUGCGUUGAGAGUUUUGAUUCUCAUGAGGAACUGUUGAGGCAUUCACAGAUGUACCACAAAUCGAUCCGCGGAAUCUGUGGCCCGGUGCCGGACAACCUCAUCGAAUGCAGCAUAUGCUAUAAGAUGUUUUCCGGAAUUCUCUAUUUGGAUUCGAUGCACCGGUUGAAUGCCUUCAAGGAUCGCUUGAGCUCGGUUGGGUUCCCGGAGAAGAUGCAAUGCUGUUCGUGCGAAACCAUGUGCUCCAACAGCGAGGAGAUGUUGCUCCACUCACAGGUUCACAUCGAUGACCGGACAGAGCCCGAUUCGUCUAAACCGUUCGAGUGCGAAAUCUGCUUCAAACGGUUUAGCAAGAAGCAAACACUAAACUUCCAUCAAAAGUUCGGCUACAGCUACAAGAAACAAAUUACCACGAAGCGGCGCGGCUGUCGCGCGAUCAGGAAACGUACAGAGAUUGAAGGUUCCACGAACAGCCGGAAGUGUUGCGGAUGUUCGGCAGAAUUCACAUCGGUCGACUCCUUAAAGCAACAUUCGCAAAUGCAUCACGAACUGUACCGACGUCAGACCGACAGCGACAACCCUUUCGAAUGCCAGGUGUGCUUCAAACUUUUCCCUUCCCAAAUCAGACUGGAACAACACCGGUUGGUUCCUUACUCGCUGACGCACAAAUGUGCUCUAUGUGAUAAAUCAUUUCGUUCUCUGUCGAUCCUCACUAAACACAUGGCCAGUCACGGACAAUCUGAAGCAAAGUCCGUCUCGCGACCAGCCCCAACUACGGAAUCCGUCCAAUGCGAAGAAUGCGGAAAAUUACUGCAAAGUGAACACAAGUUGACCGCACACAUGAAAUCUGCCCACUCCCAAGAGAAAUCCUUCAAUUGCAGUCUAUGUUCGCGCCGGUUCAAGUGGAAGCAUACGCUCCAGAACCACCUGCGUGUGCACACCAAAGAGAAGCCCUACACCUGCGCAUACUGCCCGAGGGCAUUCACCCAGCUGGCGGACAAAAGCCGACACGAACUAACCCAUGGAUCUCCCAGGGAGUAUCCGUUACGGUGUGACGUCUGCGGGAAGGGCUUCCCUAGCGGGCGGAGAAAGCUGCUCGAGAAACACCAAGAACUGCAUCAACGCGGCGAGGAGUAUCCGUUCACGUGCCAAUUUUGCGACCGGACGUUUACCCGACUGCCGCAGCGGGAUCGGCACCAGGCGCGGCACGUCGCCGAACGGAACCGGAACAUGGCGAUGGUGCAGAUCGAUACGGUUAAUGACGGAGAUUAGGUUGUGUGUAUCUACCGUAUUAGAAAAUGUGCUAGGCACUCAAUUAUUGAUGAUAUACUUAUAGGUAAUUUAUUCUGAUAUAAAUAACGCAAUCAUUAGAUAAUAAAACAGUAAUAUUUGCAUAACAAGUGUUUUAUUCAGUCUAAAUAUUGAGUCGACGACGUGAAAGGAGCCAAACAUUGCUCUGGUGCUCACAAGUUCCGACGCUCGGAACUCAUGCUUUCAUGGAAAAG